AUGAAUGCAGAUGAGAUUCGUUUUUUAUCAUAUUAUUUAAUUCCAACUGAUUGGAAGAUUCAUCUGAUUGAUCGAAAAACGAAUGAAGCUCAACUUGAACAAAUCCAACAGAUUAUUGAAAAUGCUCAACUAUUCGCUUUUGACACAGAAACAAUGCCAAGUUUCUAUCAUCCCAAUUUUCGAUCGAACUACACACGACACUCAACACCAUAUCAAUGUCAAUCAAAUUCCUGUGUAAGUAAACCAUCUCUUCUUCAAGUUGCUGUUCGUAGUCGAAAUCCAAGUAUAAAAAAUGUUCUCCUGUUCGAUCUUCAAGAAGUAUUCGUCCGCUCAAAUAUGCAUUUUCGUGAAUGUUCAACUAGUCGUAUCAUCCAUCAUUUAAUUCAAUUGAUAUUCAAUCAUCCGUACGCAUUUAAACUUUCUCAAUCAAUUUUCAAUGAUCUAGCGCAUUUAAAAUGUUCCUAUGUGGAACAUUGUUUUCAUCAACCGAAACUUCUUCACGUCAUUGAAUUAUCUGAUCUUUACCGGAAAGUAUUUCCUCAAGAAAAAGAACAGCAAAUCUAUAGUUUACAACGCAUGACCGCAAUGACAUUACACUGUCAACUAGACAAAAGACAACAAUGUGCAAAUUGGUCGAAGCGACCGCUCGGACAAGCACUGAAAGAUUAUGCGGCCAUCGAUGUAAUCGUCAUGAUUGAUAUCUAUGAUCGAUUAAAAGUGAGAAUUCUACAGAAUUUAUCUGAUGAUGGUGAUAAUAAUCAUGGAUCGAUAUGGAACGAUUUUCAAUUAUCUAUCGAAAGUUCAAUUGAUUUAAACGCAAUAAAUCUUUAUCCAUGUAUAUGUGGUGAACAGUUUAUCACCACCAAAUCCAGAAAGAAACAUGCGCGAACAUGUCCUCUCGAACAACAACAUCUCGAACAAGAAGCCAAUAUGGUAUCUGAAAAAAAUGCGUCUACGACUAAAAAACCGGAGAAUAUAUCGAAAGCAGAUCGAUCAACUUUACCUGAACUUGAUUUCGAUGCACCUCCACCACGUGGCCGUGGUUACCUUCCGCCAGCCUUGAAACGUGUUCAUCAGUCAAUGAAUCAGAUAUCGUUCUACGAUCAAGUUCGAUGCUCAUCAUCGUUCGAUGACUUCCAACGUAUCAGUGAAAAUCGUCCACCGAACGCACAAUUCUUUCUGGAAGAUGAUGAUACUGAAGUUGCUCAGGCUUUCGGCCUUCAAACUGCAAAGGACUCUUUCAAACGUAGACCUAUCAAUUUAUCAACUCGUAUCCAACCAAUCACAUCUUCAGUGCCUGUGUCAAAAUCAAAUCUUAAAGUAGCGGCUUACCCACCGAAAACUACUUCUAGUACUUUCUCAUCCACUUUUGGACGAACCUGUGUUAAUGAAGAUGAUUUGCUCGAUCGUUUGCAGGAUGAUUUUGAUAGUCAACCUGACUUUCAUUGUCAUUUAUUCGGUUUGGGUGGCCGCGGUCGACCAUUAUUAUCGACAUAUCAAUCUCCACCUGACCCAUCGAUCCAUUCACUGGAACGUUCCACUCAAUUUUGUGAUAACUGA